GACAAGUCUGCAUGGCCGCCAUAUCGGAGCGGUCAACGCCUAUUAAUGGGCUGUUGCAAUAUGAAUGGGCUGUUCCAAGUUGAAUGGGCAGUACCAAUGUGAAUGGGCUGAACCAAUGUGAAUGGGCUGUACCAAUAUUAACGGGCUGUACCAUUAUGUUUUGAGUACCAAUAUGAAACGGACUUCCCCUCCGUGACGUCUGGAGGAUCAGGAAACAAAAAAGAAAACUUCUCCUGUGAGGUGAGAGUUUACGGAAACGCGUUAACGUGGAGCGAUAAGCUGGAGUUAGGAGGAGGAGAGGUGGCUCUAGAUCGGUUGCUCUGUGCUCCUGCAGAUGGCUGCGUUCUAUGACAGUGAGCAGGACAGCCUGGAGGCGGAGCGCAGCGGCGGCGGCGGGGAGCUGUCCAGCUGUGCGAUGGCCAUGCUGGAGAAGGAGCGGGAGUCGCUGCUCAGCCCGUCCGAGAGCUCGGGGACGCUGUUCGGGAGCACGCCCACCUCCCUGCUGACCGCCGCCCCCCUGCAGGGCUACGACGUGGAGUUUGACCCCCCCCUCGAGAGCAAAUACGAGUGCCCCAUCUGCCUAAUGGCGCUGCGCAACGCCAUCCAGACGCCCUGCGGACACCGCUUCUGCAAGCACUGCAUCCAGAAGUCCAUCCGCGACACCGGCCAGCGCUGUCCCGUGGACAACGAGAUGCUCUCAGAGGAGCAGCUCUUUCCUGAUAACUUUGCCAAAAGGGAGAUCCUGUCCCUCACGGUUCGCUGUCCCAACGCCGGCUGCAAACACAAGAUGGAGCUCAGGCAUCUGGAGACCCACGUGGGCCAGUGUCCCUUCGCCACCCUGCUGUGCCCCCGCUGCCAGCAGGCUGUGCUGAAGAGCAGCUUGGAGGAGCACGCCACGCUGCAGUGCCUCCGGCGCCUGGUCUCCUGCCCUGACUGCGUGGCCAGCUUCGUCUACGAGGAGCAGCAGCUUCACGAGCUGCAGUGUCCAUUCGCCAACGUGAAGUGCCAGUACUGUGGGCUGGAGCUCAUCAGGGACCAGAUGGAGUCUCACUGUGACACCGACUGCCCCAAAGCGCCCAUCGCCUGCACCUUCAGCACCUUCGGCUGCCAGGAGCGGAUGCAGCGGCACAACCUGGCGCAGCACACGCAGGAGUUCACCCAGAUGCACAUGCGCUACAUGGCCGAGUUUGUGCGCAGCAUGAGCCUGGGCGAGACCGCGCCCAAAUCGCUGUGGCUGCCGGGGGCGUCCUGCUCGUCCUCAGAGGACCAGGGGGCGGCGGGGCCCCCCCCGGGCCCCUGCGGCCCCCGGGGGUCCUCCAUGUGGAGCGGGGCUAGCGGCACCGCCUCCAGCCAGAGCAGCGAGGUCAGCCAGACGCUGCGGGAGAUGGACGGACGCCUGGUGACACAGGACCACCAGCUGAGAGAGCUGGUCAUCGGGAAGGAGACGCAGGGCGGGCAGCUGGCGGAGAUGCGUCGGCGGGUGGCGGUGCUGGAGGAGACGGUGAAGGAGCUGGAGGCGCAGCAGUGCCAGGGGAUCUUCGUGUGGCGGCUGCGGGGGUUCUCGGCGCUGCUGCGGAACCAGGAGCAGGGGGUGGCGGUGGUGGAACACAGCCCCUGCUUCUACACGGGCCGGCCCGGCUACAAGCUCUGCCUCCGGCUGCACCUGCAGGCGCCCAGCGCCCCGCGCUGCUCCAACUUCAUCUCCCUGUUCGUGCACACCAUGCAGGGGGUGUACGACGCCCAGCUGAGCUGGCCCUUCCAGGGCACCAUCCGGCUGGCGGUGCUGGACCAGGGCGCCGAGGGCCAGCACCACACGGAGGAGAUGGACACCAAGCCCGACCUGCAGGCCUUCCAGAGGCCCACCAUCGCGCGCAACCCCAAGGGCUUCGGCUACGUCACCUUCCUGCACCUCAACCAGCUGCAGCAGCGCGCCUACGUCAAGGACGACACCCUGAUGGUGCGCUGCGAGGUCGGGCUGCGCUUCGACGCUGCGCUGCGCCGCGAGGGGGCCGGCAUGACCCCCCGGGGCCCCGAGGACCCCCCGGGGCCCCGGGACGUCUAGGGGCCCCGAGGAAGCCAAAGGGGCUCUGGGGGGGUCUAGGGGCCCCGGGAUGUGUAGGGGCCCAGAGGACGUGUAGGGGCCCCGAGGACGUGUAGGGGCCCCGAGGACGUCUAGGGGCCCCGGGGCGUCUAGGGGGCCCGGGGCAACGAGGACGUCUAGGGGAGACUGGGCUUGGAGGGGUUCAGGGGCCCCUCAGAGGGACUCAGGGGGGGGGGCCCUCAGAGGGACUCAGGGGCCCAGACGAGGCCCAGAGGGGUUCAGGGCGAUGGGAUUGUUCACAUUCUCUCGGCUGUUAUGAAAUUGUGGGAUUUUGUUAUUUUAUUAUUUUAUAUUUUCAAUUUCUUUGACUACUUUCACGGCUCAGUAAUUAGGAGUUAGUUCCUCUAAUUUCAAACCUUCCUUUGGCUAUAAAAUUAUUCACCUAUAGUCAGAUACAAGAAGGUGAUGUAAUCAUGUAUUCAUCUGUCAUAUAAGAGCUGUGUGUGCCUUGUUAUUGCUAACACACACACACACACACACACACACACACACACACACACACACAGCCUGGCAUCCUGAACCCAUCCGAGAAAAACACAAUUUCUUUGUGCUGCUUAUUUUCAGUCACGUAUCAUUACACUCUGCUUACGGUUCUGGACACUUCAAUGUCACUACACUUUAAGAUGUGCUAACGGGAACUGAUUUGCCGUGUUGGUUAACAUUACAUUGAGUCUGUACAGACAUGCCGACUAGCGGUACAACAACACGAUUGGUCAGAAGACUUGGUUGUUGGUAAAUGCUGGAUCAAGAACAAACAAAAUGAUGGGUUUCUACAACAAUAGUUUUGAUUUCUGGUCUUGUUAAGCUUUAUGGUCAUCUACAUAUCUUCAGAGCUGUUUUCUAUUAGUUCAGGUAUUGUGGAAGAGAUUUAUUCAACUCAAAUCUCAAAAGUGUAAAUUGUUAGGGAAUAACGGAAGGUAAGAGCAUCUCACUCCAACUCUGAGGUCAAAGAAGCGUUUGUGACUCAGACCAAGAAGAGACUGAAGAGAGAGAAUCAUACUUGUAUUAUCUAGAACGUGCGACUUUUAUUAUAUAAGAGUGAUGUUCCUUCUGGACCUUCUUCUGAACACUGCCCACCUCUGGCAGAAGAUCACCUGUAGGCCAGAUCUCCUAUUCUUGUUUCAGCCAUGUUUUAUGGUUUAUUACACUUUGUUACAUCUACUUUUUAAUCCACUGUUUUACCGAGACAUCAACACUUUUUUUUCGAUAAACCAAUAAUGCUUUUGGACUUUUUGUGUACAGAAAACGACUGCAUAUUUAGUGCCUUCAUCCGCUGGUUGUGUGUUGUGGAGCAGCACUGUGUGUUUGUGGAGCUGUGUGUUUGUGGUGGAUGAUGAGACUCAGACUUGGAGAAGACGCGCAGUCGAACCCCAGGAGGUGGUCGGCCACCCAACCUGCCCAUGGCGGCCAGUGGACCACCAUAUUGUGAUGAUUUGUUUGUGCUUUGUUGCUUUUUAUCAUCAGCUGUCAACCCAAUCUCGCAGCUCCAUGUUAAGAAGGCCAACUCUUUGAUUCUGAUGAAUCCAAACCACAGGAUGAAUCAUCUUUUUUUGACCACAGCUUUGAAAAAUCACAGUUGACAUUGUGCUAAUAAACGAAGAACUGAAUAAUAAACACAACUAGUGUAGUGAAAACA